AUGCUGCACUGCAACUGCUCCAACCCGACCACGUUCAUCCUAAUGGGGAUUCCAGGGCUGGAGGCCGCCCACUUCUGGAUCGCCUUCCCCUUCUGCUCCAUGUACGUCAUAGCCCUUCUGGGGAACGUCACCGUCCUCUGCGUGGUCAAGAGGGAGCCCACCCUGCACCUGCCCAUGUACCACUUCCUCUGCAUGCUGGCCACGAUCGACCUGGUGCUCUGCACUUCCACCGUGCCCAAGAUGCUUGGUAUCUUCUGGUUCCACUCGCACACCAUUGGCAUCAAAGCGUGCGUCGCCCAGAUGUUUUUCAUCCAUGGCUUCUCGGCGGUGGAGUCAGGGGUCCUGCUCGCCAUGGCCUUUGACCGCUACGUGGCCAUCUGCGCCCCCCUGCGCUACACGGCCAUCCUCACCAGCUCCGUCAUUGCCAAGAUCGGCUGGGCGGCCUUCAUGAGGGGCAUUGGCUUCAUGACCCCUUUGACCUGCCUGGUGAGCCGCCUACCCUUUUGCGGCUCCAACGUCAUCGCCCACUCCUACUGCGA